AUGGCCGGUCCUGUAAAAGAACCUGAAUUCCGUGUAGUCGCUUCGUCGCGAUAUGGGACAGUCGUAUGUUAUAACCAAACGAUCUUAGCCGAAAUCGGAGACCAUGAAGGAUGGAAGAGUGGAGCCACCCUUGCAAGUGCACUUCCUGUCUUUAUAACACAACUAUUUGUCGCUAAUCUUAGCUACCGUUUAUUCUACCAUUUGACUCGGCCUCUAUAUCUUCCUCCUUUCGUCGCACAAAUCCUUUGCGGAUUACUAUUCAGCCCAACUUUGCUCGGCGGAAACGAUUUAGUCCUCAGACGUAUUUUCCCAUAUAGAUUCACAAUGGUUCUCGAGACAUUCGCAAACGUAGCACUCGUUUACAACAUCUUCCUUCUCGGUCUCGGUAUGGACCUAAGGAUGAUCAGAAUCAGAGAACUCAAACCAGUGGUCAUAGCCAUCGUUGGUAUGUUGACGGCUUUACUUGCCGGUAUUGGUUUUUAUUACCUUCCCGGUAACGGACAGAGAGACAAGAGCUUCGCAGGUGGUUUGUUCUGGGCGGUCGCUUUUGCUUGUACCAAUUUCCCUGACCUUGCCAAGAUUCUCGCGGAUCUCAAGCUCUUGCGUACUGAUAUGGGACGUACCGCCAUGUGCGCAGCCAUUAUUUCAGAUUUAGGCACUUGGAUUCUCCUCAUUACCGGACUUGCAAUUUUCUCCAAAGCAGGUGUGUUGAACAACGUGAUGAUAUACGUAUUUGCGUCAGUCAUAGCUUUCGUGCUUCUCUGCUUCUUUGUGAUCCGUCCUGGAAUCGCUUGGGCCUUUGCACAUACGGUAAAAGGUGGUCAAGUCCGAGAAACUCACGUCUGGUUCACUCUCGCCGGAGUUCUUCUAUCUGCUCUUAUCACCGACGCAUGUGGAGUCCAAUCAAUCACCGGAGCUUUCUUGUUCGGUCUCUCCAUCCCUCACGACCACAUCAUUCGUUCCAUGAUCGAAGAGAAGCUCCAUGAUUUCUUGUCGGGUAUAUUGAUGCCUCUUUUCUACAUCAUUUGUGGGUUAAGAGCCGAUUUUGGUUACAUGCUACAGUUCACGAGCUAUGGCGUGUUAGCGUUUGUGAUAUCUUCCUCGUUCAUGGUGAAGAUUAUUUCGACUGUUGUUUGUUCCAUCUUCUUGCGUAUGCCUUUGCGUGAUGGUUUCGCCAUUGGUGCGCUUAUGAACACCAAAGGAACAAUGGCUCUAGUGGUACUCAAUACAGGACGUGAUAAUAGGGCAUUGGACGUAAUUUUGUACACUCACAUGACUGUAGCGUUCUUAGUCAUGUCCAUAGUGGUGCAACCACUUUUAGCCUUUGCUUACAAACCAAAGAAGAAAGCUGUUUUCUAUAAAAACCGAACCGUUCAAAAACUCAAAGGAGAAACACAGUUACGUGUGUUAACAUGCGUUCAUGCCCUACCUAACGUCUCAGGCAUCACAAAUCUAUUACAAAUCUCUAACCCGACCAAGAAAUCUCCUCUCAGCGUCUUUGCAAUCCACCUAGUCGAGCUAACCGGUCGAACCACGGCUUCGUUGCUCAUUAUGAACGACGAGGCCAAACCCAAAGCUAACUUUUCAGACCGAGUCAGAGCCGGAUCCGAACAGAUCGCUGAGACGUUCGAAGCAAUGGAAUUGAAUAAUGAAGGGAUGACGGUUCAGACCAUCACCGCGGUGUCACCGUACGCGACAAUGCACGAAGACAUUUGUACGUUGGCUGAGGAUAAACGAGUCAGUUUCAUUUUGUUGCCUUACCAUAAGAGUUUAACCUCGGACGGUCGUUUAGACGAAGGAGAUGCUGCCUACUCGGAAAUCAACCAGAACGUUUUGAGCCAUGCACCUUGUUCGGUCGGAAUUUUGGUUGACCGUGGCAUGACGAUUGUCCGGUCAGAAACUACUUCGUUCCAAGGCGAAGCCACAAAGAGAGAAAUCGCGAUGCUAUUCAUUGGAGGUCGGGACGAUAGAGAGGCUUUGGCUUACGCUUGGAGGAUGUCCGGACAACAAAUGGUUAAGCUCACGGUCGUGAGGUUCGUCCCAAGCCGAGAGGCUUUAAUCUCGGCCAGGAAAACCGCGGCUGAUUACGAGAAAGAAACACAAGUAGACGAAGAGAGUAUCUACGAGUUUAACUUCAAGACAAUGGAUGACUCCUCAGUGACUUACAUAGAGAAAGUGGUGAACGAUGGACAAGAGACUAUUGCAGCUAUAAGAGAAAUGGAAGAUAACAAUGCUUUCGAUCUUUACAUUGUUGGAAGAGGUUUUAAAGUAGAAUCCCCUAUAACCGCUGGUUUGACGGAUUGGAGUAGUACUCCAGAUUUAGGGACUAUAGGCGAUACAUUAGCUUCAUCAAACUUCACAAUGCAAGCUUCGGUUCUUGUGAUCCAACAAUACUCUGCAAUAAACAAUCAAGAACAUGUUGAAGGUAGAGCCAAGGACGCUCGUGAAUCUAGGCCUUUUAUCAAGUCUCAUGUGGAGGAAGAAGAUGAGGAAGAGGAACAGUAUCAAAUGGGAAUGCGCAAGUGA